AUGAUGUAUUCAGGCAACUUUGCCUCCUCUUCAGAGAAUGUUUCUGAAGAAGAAGACUCGUCUUCUCAAUCAGUUCCCUUAGAUCAAGGGAUCUUCCCUUUUCUAUUUGCCGCCAUUCGCCCCUUCAAGGUUUGGGUCCUUAUUAUGUUCUUUGUGGGUUUCGUUUGGGCAAUUGAUGCCAACAUACGUCACCUCAUAUUAAAAUGGAUGAUCGACAAACUUCCCUAUAUUUCACGGGAUAACGCUAUUCACGAAUUAUGGCCCUAUGCAGCAGGUUAUGCAGGCAUGUCAUUUUUAAUGGUCGGGCUUUUCCGUUUGUUUGACUACGCGUGGCUAAUGAUCAACCCUGCCCUGAAACGAGAAUUGGGCAGCAUCCUGACUAAGCGCAUGAUACUGCAUUCUGCGUCUUUAACUCACAAUCACUUUUCAGGAAACCUGGCCAAUAAAAUUAAGGACACGAUGAGUGGCGUCCCAGAUCUUUUACGUCUGAUCACGAACCGAUUUUUUGCACACACCAUGGCCUUAUUUAUUGCAAUCGGCAUUUUCUGGAUCAUUCACCCAACAUUUGCCCUUGCCCUUUUUGUUUGGUCGCUCAGCUUUAUUGCUUUUUCGUUACUCAUUGCAAAAAGAGCCCGCCACCUUAGCCAUAAAUCUGCUGAAGCGCGAUCAAUCAUUGUCAGUCAAAUUGUUGAUAUCCUCACCAACCUCAUUAAUGUCAAACUUUUCAGCACAAAAGAAACAGAAAGCAGAAAACUGCGCAAAGCUUUAGAUACUUAUGUCAUUGCAGAUCGGAAAAGAGACUGGUUCUUUUUCUUUGUCUUUGCCGUUGAAGGAGUUUCAUUCAGCAUCUACACCGCUGUUAUCCUUUAUUGGCUUAUCGCAGGAUACCAAACAGGCCUUUUCUCUGCCGGUGACUUUGUUGCAAUGUUAACAAUUAAUGUCGAAUUGAUCCGCUGUUUAUGGAAUCUUUCUGAAGAUGUUGGCAAAGCCUCAGAAAUUGCCGGAAACAUUUCUCAAGGACUAAAAGUUGCUCUAUCUCCUAUUGAAGUUCGCGACCUCUCUAAGGCGCCAUCCAUGCCUCCUCUCACAGAAGGAGCCAUUGAAUUCAAAAAUGUUUAUUUUGGGUACAAAGAUAACCUUGAACCACUUUUCCAAAAUCUUUCUGUUCAUAUCAAACCCGGUGAAAAAGUUGGCUUAGUCGGAUU